AUGGUGGUCUCCUCGCUCAACUCAAAUACGCAGGCAAGGAAACGAAAAUCCUCUGCGAAUGGCAGUAGGCACGAUGGUUCGACGGCAAAAUCCAUCAAGGAUCUGGAGGACGCUGUUUCCGCUGCACUUACCUCCAAUGCUUCACUCAACCCCCUCUCCGACCUCCUAAAGACUGCAGCAUCUCCAGAAGACUCUGAUGUUGCGCUCAAAGCGAUGUUCGCGCUAUAUCGAUUGUUCAUUUUGAUCUCGCAGAAGGGUAUUCUCUCAGCACAAGACGACGAGGACGCUGGACGGAAAACGGUACGCGCUUGGAUUAUUGCCCGGCUAGACUCCUUCACAGAUUUGCUCUGUGGGCUACUACAAUACGAAGAAAAGACCCUUCGACUUUCUGCGUUGCGAAUUCUCUUUUCACUCCUCCGUCAGAUGUCAUCUAUCAUUCCAACCGACAGCUCAUCUACCUCUUCAACAACGACGCUGCGAUUCGACGUUCCUUUCUUUCAAAAAAUAGUUCGCGCUCUUCUCCUAUGUCCGUCAUCCGCACGAGAACCCAUGCCUAAGCGGACGAGGCGCUCGCAGAGUUCAGUCGAAGCGGGUAACGAGAUACAUGCAGACGUUCGCGAUUUGCUCCUCGAAACGUGGCUUAAUGUCUACGCAGAUAUCCGAUGGUUCUUCCUACGGGAGACGGCGUACGUCGUUAUAUUAGAAAACGAGGGUCUUGUCGCUUCUCACCCCUACCUUCCCGCUAAUGCAUUGACCAUUCUCGAGAAACUCACUGGAAUUCCGUCCUCUUCUGAUACGAGCUUUAAGUUUACCAAAAAUCACUUCUGGGUUGAAGCGCUCAAUACCAAGCCCAAGCUCAGUAAGAAAGGCAAGACCGGGCCUUUGUCAGACUCGGAAUCCGAAUCGGACGUUGAAGGGGAGAAGCAGAAUGUUGAUGACUGGCGCGCAUUUUUUGAGGAGCCAAAGCAAGAGACAGGGAAGAAGAGUUACGCAAGUGGAGGAAGGCGACUAUACACUCUACCUAUCCAUGCGCAACUCCAUGCACCCGCAGCGCAUCGUGCAGUAUUCACGCGAGCCUGGCUUGCGCUUCUCCCCCUCCUGUCGCGUGGCGGUGAAGUCUUUUUGUCGUCUGCGAAAGCGGGUGACGACCAGGAAGACCUAGCUCUUGUAGCCCGAGUAUUGGUGGUACUGCACCGAGGCGUUCUCCCGUAUUUGACACGACCUGUCCUAAUUAUGGACUGGGUCGGCUCGUGUGUCGACCAUGGCGGGUAUGUUGGACUACUCGCGCUCAAUGCGCUCUUCGUCCUCAUGCGAGAAUACAACUUAGACUAUCCUUCCUUCUAUACGCGUUUAUAUGUGUUUCUGGAUCGCAACGUCCUGCACACACGACAUCGCGCCCGAUUUUUCAGACUAACGGAGCUCUUCCUUAGCUCUUCACAUCUUCCAGCUACCCUCCUUGCCUCCUUUGUUAAACGUCUCGCUCGUCUCUCGUUAAGUGCGCCGCCCGCAGGAGUCAUCAUCGCCAUCCCGUUUAUAUACAACAUCCUGAAGCGCCAUCCAGUUUUAAUGUGUAUGAUUCAUCGUCCUAUCGACUCUACCGAGGAAAAAGGAGAAGAUUCAUUCAACGAGAACGAACCCAACCCGACGCUAACGAAUGCAUUGGGUUCAUCCCUCUGGGAAGUCGCCGCACAUAGGCAGCACUACCAUGCACCCGCAGCAACCCUGGCGCAUAUUUUUGAAGAAGCAUUCACGCGGCCCGGCUUCUCAAUGGAGGAUUUUCUAGAUCAUACGUACACUACUCUUUUCGAGACCGAAGUCAAUCGUAAAAUAAAGAAGGAACCAGCCGUCUUAGAGUAUGAGCUCGAACAUUCAAGACCAAUGAUUAUUCGAUUGUCUGAAGAACAGGAACCUGGUUCACUCACUCAACCAGACGCAGACGUCGCGAGUACACUUUGGGUAUUCGGGUAG